AGAAAACCCAAAGUUUUAUUGUUACGUAUGCAGAGACUCAAUAAUGAAAUUGAGACAUAAAGAAAUGACCAAUGCAGGCAGUUUUUAUGCUUCUUAGACAAAGAGACAAUAAAUUUGUGAGGAGUUGACAGGAUCUAAAAAAAUGCUUGGGAGGUUUUUUUUUUUUGUUUGUUUGUUUUUAAAGUUUUAUUUAUUUAUUUUGAAAGAAAGAGAUAGAGCAUGAGCAGAGGAGGGAAAGAGGGAGGGACAGAGAGGAGACAGAUCCCAAGCAGGCUCUGUGCAGUCAGCACGGAGCCCAAUGUGGGGAUUGAACUCAAAUUGUGAGAUCAUGCCCUGAGUCAAAACCAAGAGUCUGAUGCUUAACUGACUGAGCCAUCCAGGUGCCCUGGAAGCUUUAAUUAGUAAUGAAUUCUAAGUAGAAUUUGGGCUGAGGUAGUAGAUUAGUAAAAAAGCAACAAGGUUUAUUUCUACAGCUUUCUCAGUUUUUAAGUUCCUAUCUGUGUUAUAAGGAUGUCUGUUUACUUCUUACUACCUUUCACAUGGGAGGUUUAUUUCCUGCUUUCAGGGGGUACAGAGAGCCUGAGUGUCCUUGUCCCAAGUAGCUUUAAUUCAAAAUAAUCAGUGUGCCAUUUUGGUACAGUGUACCCGGCCUGCCCUUGCUCCCUACAGGAGUAAGGAAUCUGAACAAAAUGUAUUGGUGUGCCACAAAUAGGUUAGAUGGCCUGGUUUUCCUUCUUUUCUCUCUCCUGAGGAUUUAAAAUGCUACCCUGUGCUUCUCUUUUGCAAUCCUGGUGCUUUUCCGUAGGAGGGGCAUGCCUGGAUCUUCAGACACGUUAGAAUCCACAUUCAUCAGAGGUGCCAAGGCUGUUUUUCUCAGCUACUCUAAGUCACCUUAGAUAUUAGCACCGGAGCACUCCAAAAUAUUUUGCCCACGAGUACAGUUAAGGUUUUUUCACAAAAUACAGCCUCUAAGAUGAUAGCCCAAAAGUACAGGUGGUGAUGCUCGACUCUGAGAGCCAGGGAGAGCAUGCUAUGCGGGGCCUCUCUAAGUCAUCGGUAUAUAUAUAUAUAUAUAUAUAUAUGCUUAAUGGCCUACUGAAUCUAGCUUACGCGGCCUCCCAGACACCCAUAACUAAAGCCCUUUCCUUAAAGUUCUGGAAUGGGCCACUGAGUUUUGUCAAAUCCAACACCACAACACCGACAGCCACAGCACAGUCUAAAUUCCUAUUGGCCCUUUCCGCUUCCGCUCAGGGACUGGCAACUGAGGGCCAUUACUGACGCAUGCGCGUCACCUGUUUCCGGCCGAAGAGCGGGGUGUUCCCACUUUCCCAGGCCGGGUGGAAUUCCUAUCUCACUUUCCUUGGCUUGAGUUUCUCUGUGGGCAAUGGCUCCGGACUCAGGUCCCCUUCCUGAAGAGCCGCUCUUAAAGGUGCUACCCUUAGACGCUAAGGACAGGGGCACUCAGCGCUGUCGCUUGGGCCCGGCCGCCCUCCGCGCCUUGGGCGCGCACUUGGGCUCGGCGGUGAAGAUCUCUCUGCCUGACGGCGGCUCCUGCGUCUGCACCGCCUGGCUGCGGCGGGACGGAGCAGACGGCUUUGUGCAACUGGAUCCGCAGUGCGCGAGCCCCGGGGCGGCCGUGGAGGCUUCAGGGUUCCGGGGGAAUCUCCGCUUAAGCAGUCUCCGCCUGGUGUCCUGCCCGUCGCUGCGGCACCUCAGUGUGUGGCCGGUGUUGCGGGAGGGGGCGGGCGCGCCCGGUGCCUCGAAUCCAGCCGCGGUGCUGGAGGCGGCGCAGGAGCUUCUCAGGAACCGACCUGUCUCCCGGGGCCACGUGGUGACCGCUCCGCCGGGCGCCCCGGGUCCCGUAGCCGCGCUGCACAUCGUCAGCGGGGCGCCCAGCCCGGAUCCGGCCGGGCUAGUCACUCCUCGCACCCGCAUCGGUCUCAGCGGGGUGCCUCCGUCGGAAGCGGAGCCACGGCCCGAGGUGCCCUUGGGGGGCCUUUCGGAGGCGGCCGACUCGCUGCGGGAGCUCCUCAGCCUGCCUCUCCGCUACCCUCGCACCUUGGCGGCCCUGGGGCUGGCAGUGCCUCGCGGCGUGCUCCUGGCGGGUCCCCCCGGAGUGGGCAAGACUCAGCUAGUGCGGGCCGUGGUCCGGGAAGCGGGCGCGGAGCUGCUGGCAGUGAGCGCCCCAGCGCUACAGGGCGCCCGGCCCGGGGAGACCGAGGAGAACGUCAGGCAGGUCUUCCGGCGCGCGCGGGAGCUGGCCAGCCGCAGACCCACCCUCCUCUUCCUGGACGAGUUGGACGCCCUGUGUCCCCGGCGGGGCGGCCCACACCGAGCCCCCGAGAGCCGCGUGGUGGCCCAGGUGUUGACGCUGCUAGACGGCAUCAGUGGGGACCGCGAAGUGGUGGUCGUGGCAUCCACCAACCGGCCGGACGCUCUAGACCCAGCGCUGCGCAGACCGGGGAGAUUUGACCGAGAGGUUGUCAUUGGGACUCCCACACUUAAACAAAGAAAGGCGAUACUCCAGGUGAUUACCUCAAAGAUGCCCAUCUCCAGUCAAGUCGAUUUGAGCCUCCUUGCAGAAAUGACAGUUGGUUACGUUGGUGCGGACUUGACUGCACUUUGUAGAGAAGCUGCCCUGCACGCUCUCCUUCAUAGUAAGAAGAACCAGGACAACCCGACUAUUGAUGAAGCAGACUUCCUUGAAGCUUUUAAAAAGAUUCAACCCUCAUCCUUUCGAAGUGUCAUUGGACUGAUGGACAUCAAGCCUGUUGGCUGGGAGCAGAUUGGUGGCCUCGAAGAUGUAAAACUGAAGUUAAAACAGAGUAUUGAGUGGCCUCUAAAAUUCCCUCGGGAAUUUGUCAGGAUGGGCCUGACACAGCCAAAGGGAGUUCUCCUGUAUGGUCCCCCUGGAUGUGCUAAAACCACCCUGGUGAGGGUCCUGGCCACAAGCUGUCAUUGCUCUUUUGUUUCAGUGAGUGGAGCUGAUCUCUUUUCUCCUUUUGUUGGAGAUUCAGAAAAAGUCUUGUCUCAGGUAUUUCGACAAGCAAGAGCAAAUACUCCAGCAAUUGUGUUUUUGGAUGAAAUUGAUUCAAUCUUGGGCUCUCGAUCCAUCAGCAAAACAGAAUGUAAUGUUCAAGAGCGUGUUCUUUCUGUUCUCCUGAAUGAAUUAGAUGGUGUAGGACUGAAGACUACAGAGAGAAGAGGAAGUAAAUCAGAUCAACAGGGUAAAUACAAGGAGCUGAGAAAAAACGAAGAGUUAGAGUUGCAAGAAGUUUUUAAUAGAAAUGUCAUGAUUGUUGCUGCAACAAAUAGACCUGAUGUAUUAGAUGAUGCCUUAUUACGACCUGGAAGAUUAGAUAAGAUUAUUUAUAUUCCACCUCCAGAUGAAAAGGGCAGGCUUUCUAUUUUGAAAGUCUAUACCAAAAACAUGCCAAUGGGACCCGAUGUUUCCUUAGAAAACCUAGCAGCAGAAACCUGUUUUUUCUCUGGUGCUGAUCUUGGAAACCUUUGCAAAGAAGCUGCCUUGCUGGCUCUGCAAGAAAAUGGACUAGACGCAACCACAGUGAAACAAGAGCACUUUCUGAAAUCACUAAAGACUAUAAAACCGUCCUUAAGUCACGCGGACUUGACUUUAUAUGAAAACUUAUUUCAGGAACAAGGAUUAUCUAACUUAGAGGAUUUUUAAAAAUUACGUUACAUCCCUGCUCAAGGAUUAAUUGAACUGUGAACUUGCUCUAUGAUUUGCAACUUUGUAUUUUUAGAGUUUGUGUGUAUCAUUUCCUGUAAAUAAAAGGGAUAAGCACCUGA